AUGUCUAUAGUGACUAUCUUUGUACAGAGUGAGAAUACGUCUUCAGAAAGACGUUUUGAUAAAGGUAUCAGCAUUGGUAAUUUGAAAGCAAAACUCGAACCUAUCACUGGAAUACCGGCUGAAUCACAGUUAUUACAAUUAUAUAAUGGUGAUACUCUGGUCACCUCUGUCGAAGAUUCGGUCCUUUCUUUUAAACAACGUAAUAAACUUGGCCGGUUCUCUGACACUAAUUCUACAACCUCUGAUUCAUAUACUUUUGAAGAGGAGGCCAAAAAUAUUAAAGUUGGAGAUCGUUGUGAAGUGGAUUUUGGUGAUGCUGAGGGAUUAAAGCGCCGAGGAACUGUCAAAUAUGUUGGUGAAACCAAAUUUAAGCCGGGUUAUUGGGUUGGCGUACAGUAUGAUGAGCCAGUCGGAAAACACGAUGGCGUUGUUCAAGGUGAACGAUAUUUUUCUUGUCCUGAUAAGUAUGGUGCAUUUGUUAGGCCAAAUAAAGUAAAAGUAGGUGAUUACCCAGAGGAAGAAUUCGAAGAAAUGUAA